UUACAUACAAGUCUAUUACGUAGCGAAGCGAGCAUUCAUGUACAAAUUUAUACGCAGCAUAAGAACUGUCAAAUGCUCUCGAUAAUCAAUCUAAUAAUUGACAUUACGAAUUAUAAUUAGAUUUAUUUAUCCAUCAUUAAAAGAUUACACGUUUUUAUUUGGUUUUGACUUUACUUAAGAUAAUAAGUAAUAUUAAGGAAAAAAAAAUGUUAGUAGAAUAAAAUACUUGUUCGAGCAUAGUGUGAUACAACAUCGUCAUUCUCGUUACAGUAUCAUUAAUUGUGCUUGUCUUCAAAUUUUGGAUUCUUAGAGGAAUAUAGAACCAAAUUAUAAGAGUAUUAUCAUCAAAAUGGAGAACAAUAAAUUGGAUGUAAUAAUAUUUGGUGCUACUGGAUUUAGUGGAAAGUAUGUGGUUAAAGAAGCAGCACGUUAUGUUAAAGAAAAUAAUUUUACUUUUGGAGUAGCUGGGCGCAGGAAAGAGGCACUAGAAUCCGUUCUUAAAGAAUAUGCACCAGAUCUUAAUAUUCCUAUCAUUAUUGCGGAUGUAAAAGAUGAACAAUCUAUUAAAAAAAUGGUAGAAAAAGCAAAAGUGCUAAUAAAUUGUAGCGGUCCAUUUGCUUUUUGUGGAGAACCUGUUAUUAAAGCUUGUAUAGCUACAAAAACUCACUACGUUGAUAUAAGCGGAGAAACUAUGUUCAUAGAAGAAAUGCAGUUGAAGUAUAACGAAGCGGCAAAAAAAGCUGGUGUCUAUAUUAUAAGUGCUUGUGGUUUUGAUAGCAUUCCUUCAGAUCUUGGUAUCAUAUUUACACAACAAAAGUUUGACGGGGAAGUUAAUAGCAUUGAAGAAUACUUCAGUAUACCAGACCAUGUAAAGUUUAGCAAACCUAUAUUAAACUUUACAACUUUGGAAAGUUUUAUUAAUGUAUUGGGCAACAUUGAUAAAUUACGUGAAAAUCGUAGGAAACUAUUUUCCAAAAAAUUACCGGAACUUAAGCCGAAAUUAAAUACAAAACGUUGGCUUCCGCACAAAUCUCCUUUUACAAAUAAUUAUUCAGUGUUAUUCAGUGGUCCAGAUUAUUCAAUAGUUCAUCGCACGCAAAGAUUUUUGUAUCAAGAAUAUAAUCAAAGACCUGCUCAGGUUGCAAUAUAUUUAAGUAUCAAAACCAAAUUUCUAACGAAAAUUAUUGGAAUAAUACUUCUAUUAAUAAAUCUUAUUCUUACAAAAUUUUCAUUCGGGCGCAGUUUAAUAUUGAAGUAUCCCGAACUAUUUACUUACGGGCUUGUGAGCCACAAAGAGCCAAGUGAAGAAUCAAUAAACAAGAUUGAAAUAUGUAUAACUUUCUUAACGCGUGGUUGGACUGAAAAAUUAAGCGAACCUUCCGACGUUCAUUCCGAUCCACCAAAUAAGGAGAUGAUUACAAAAGUUACUUGUACCAAUGUAUAUUAUAUUACUGCUAUUAGCGUAUUGUUAAGCGCUCUUACUAUUUGUAAGGAAGCUGAUAAAAUGCCUCAAGGUGGAGGGGUUCUUACUGCUGGUGCUGCAUUUAGUAAGACUUCUUUGAUCAAUAAAUUAAACAAUCAGGGUCUUAAAUUUGAAGUUGUUUCAUCCAUUGAAAAAUGAAGGUAUUAUUAUUAUGUUCUGAUGUAAAGUACAUAAUUCAAUAUGUUUUCUUUCGUCAUUGAACAUUUAUUUUCGCUUUUA